AUGUCUAGGAAGCGUACUCUUGAUGCCUUCUUCAGCCCGACUGUAAAGAAACCCAAAACAGAAACCGGAGCAACCACUUCCAGUGACGUGAUUUCAGAAGACACCACAUAUUCUGAGCAUCAGUUCUACCCUCACCCCAUCAAGAACCUACCAGCAUCUUUAAGCAAGGAGCUGUCUACUCUGCCAGAUCAACCCGGAAGAGAGAUCCAUGAUCACCCUGAUCUUGACCUCCUGUACUUUGAGCCCUUCAUCUCAGGUCCCGUAUCUCGAAGACUCUUUGAGUUUCUUCGUUCAGAACUCCCGUUCUACAGAGUCGAGUAUAAGAUCAAGCGAGGUGGUAUAGAAACCCAGAUACGAACUCCAAGAUGGACAACUGUAUUUGGUCUUGAUGAGACUUCAAAGUUCGAUGACAAAGGUCUCCCAGUAGACGCCAACACAGGCUUGAAAGCCUUGGAUAAACGAUAUGCCAGAUAUCCUCCUAGGCCUAUACCAAAAUGCCUUGAUGAACUUCGUCAGAGAACAGAGCUGGCUACAGGCUGUAAAUACAACUUCUGCCUCGUCAACUAUUACGCCUCUGGCACCGACAGCAUCAGCUUUCACAGCGAUGAUGAGCAAUUCUUGGGUCGUGAGCCAGCCAUUGCUUCUUUCUCAUUAGGGGCACGUCGUGAUUUUCUUAUGAAGCACAAACCGCUACCUCCGAAUGCUCCUAGUCCCCCUUCCGUGAACGCGAAACCGCUCAAACUUCCAUUGGGAAGUGGUGACAUGGUGCUGAUGAGAGGGAGAACGCAGUCUAACUGGCUGCACUCUAUACCAAAGCGGACAGGGAAGAAUCAAGAAGAUGGCGGAAGGAUUAACAUAACUUUUCGGAGAGCGAUGGUCAAAGGAGGAACAGAUAAUUACUACAACUACAAUGUAGGAACAGGGCCAGUGUACAGAUGGAACAGGGAGGCCCGAGAAAUGCGGCUAUGGAAACCAUGA